AUGUUACUGGCUUCUCUUUUGCUUUUCAGUGAGGUGCUGGCGGAGGAGUCAAUAGUAUGUCUCCAGAAAGCUCUGAAUCACCUUCGGGAAAUAUGGGAAUUAAUUGGGAUUCCAGAGGACCAGCGGUUACAAAGAACGGAGGUUGUAAAGAAGCAUAUCAAGGAGGAAGGAGAGACGACCAUCUUGCAACUAGAAAAGGAUUUGCGCACUCAGGUAGAACUGAUGCGAAAACAGAAAAAGGAGAGAAAACAGGAACUGAAACUACUUCAGGAACAAGAUCAAGAACUGUGUGAAAUUCUUUGCCUGCCCCACUAUGACGUGGACAGCUCGUCCGUUCCCAGCCUAGAGGAGCUGAGCCAGUUCAGACAGCACGUGGCCACUUUGAGGGAGACAAAGGCCUCUAGACGUGACGAGUUCGUCAACAUAAAGAGACAGAUCAUACUGUGUAUGGAAGAAUUAGAUCACACCCCAGACACAAGCUUUGAAAGAGAUGUGGUGUGUGAAGAUGAAGAUGCCUUUUGUUUGUCUCUGGAGAAUAUCGCAACACUACAAAAGUUGCUACGGCAGCUGGAAAUGCGAAAGUCACAAAAUGAAGCAGUGUGUGAGGGUCUGCGGGCUCAAAUCCGAGAGCUCUGGGACAGGUUACAAAUACCUGCAGAAGAGAGAGAAGCUGUGGCCACGGUUAUGAGUGGGUCAAAGGCCAAGGUCAGGAAAGCGCUGCAAUUGGAAGUGGAUCGGUUGGAGGAACUGAAGAAGCAGAACAUGAAGAAAGUGAUUGAGGCGAUUCGAGUGGAGCUGGCUCAGUACUGGGACCAGUGUUUCUACAGCCAGGAGCAGAGACAGGCUUUUGCCCCUUACUAUACUGAGGACUACACAGAAAAUCUGCUUCAGCUCCAUGAUGCCGAGAUCGUGCGGUUAAGGAACUACUAUGAGGUUCACAAAGAACUCUUUGAAGGUGUCCAGAAGUGGGAAGAAAGCUGGAGGCUUUUUUUGGAUUUUGAGAGAAAAGCUUCAGAUCCAAGUCGAUUUACAAACCGCGGAGGAAAUCUUCUAAAAGAAGAAAAACAACGAGCCAAACUUCAAAAAAUACUCCCUAAGCUGGAAGAGGAGCUGAAGGCACGGAUUGAAAUGUGGGAACAGGAGCAUUCGCAGGCAUUUGUGGUGAAUGGGCAGAAAUUCAUGGAGUAUGUGACAGAACAAUGGGAGAUGCAUCGAAUGGAGAAGGAGCGAGCCAAGCAAGAGAGACAACUAAAGAAUAAGAAGCAGACAGAGACAGAGAUGCUCUAUGGCAGUGCUCCCCGAACCCCCAGCAAGCGGCGAGGACUGGUACCCAACACACCGGGCAAAGUGCGCAAGCUGAACACUACCACCAUGUCCAACGCUACGGCCAACAGCAGCAUUCGGCCUGUCUUUGGGGGGACCAUCUACCGCUCCCCUGUGUCUCGACUUCCACCUUCUGGCAGCAAGCCGGUCGUCACUUCCACUUGUUCGGGGAAAAAAACGCCCCGUGCUGGCAGGCAUGGAACCAACAAGGAGAACCUGGAGCUCAACGGCAGCAUCCUGAGUGGUGGGUACCCUGCCUCGGCCCCCCUCCAGCGCAACUUCAGCAUUAAUUCUGUUGCCAGCACCUAUUCUGAGUUUGCGAAGGAUCCGUCCCUCUCUGACAGCUCCACUGUCGGGCUUCAGCGAGAACUUUCAAAGGCUUCCAAAUCUGAUGCUACUUCUCGAAUCCUCAAUUCGACCAACAUCCAGUCCUGA